AUGGAACGUCACCAAAAUGGUAUGGAUGUGUGGGUAGGACAAGGAAGAGUCAAUCAAUUAGGUGGUUUAUUCAUCAACGGUCGUCCUCUGCCGAACCACAUCAGACUGAAGAUAGUGGAGAUGGCGGCGGCGGGCGUGAGGCCCUGCGUCAUAUCGCGCCAGCUUCGGGUCUCCCACGGCUGCGUCUCCAAGAUACUCAAUAGAUACCAGGAAACAGGGUCGAUUCGGCCCGGAGUGAUCGGUGGGUCCAAGCCAAGGGUGGCCACUCCUGAAGUCGAGGCGAGAAUAGAAGAGCUUAAGCGACAAAAUCCGGGCAUAUUCUCAUGGGAGAUAAGAGAAAAGCUAUUAAAAGAAGGUGUAUCGGAUCCGCCGAGCAUUUCUUCCAUCUCCCGUCUCCUGCGAGGCGGAGCACGGGAUCCAGACGGGAAAAAGGAUUACAGUAUCGAUGGAAUUCUUGGCGGCCGAGGAUCAGAUUCGUCAGACAUUGAGUCAGAACCGGGUCUGACUUUAAAGCGAAAACAGCGGCGAUCAAGAACGACAUUUACUGGGGAACAACUCGACGCAUUGGAGAGAGCAUUCCACAGAACGCAAUACCCAGAUGUGUAUACUAGAGAAGAAUUAGCAUUACAAACAGGACUGACCGAAGCAAGAAUACAGGUAUGGUUCUCCAACCGACGUGCAAGGUUGAGAAAGCAUACGGGUUCUAAUGCAGCACCUUCUUUGUCAUCUUACUCAUCGUUGCCAAUGCCUCAGAUUCCAUGUCCAUAUCCAGCAGGAGACAUACCACCAUUAUCACAACACCACCCCCAACAUCCAGAUGCUUGGCACCAUCAAAAAUACACCAAUUACAACCAACUAAUGGCUCAAUCACAGCAUUUAAACCAAGCUUUCCAAACAGCUAACUUCCCAAGUUCAUCUGGUGCUACAUUUAGCCAUUUAGUAAGUGCUGGGUCUGGGGCAUCCCACAGUCAAUUAUUAGAAGCAACCGCAUCAAGAAAUGAUUAUGCAAGAUAUCCAAACAGUGAUAUUUACAAUAAGCCCAUAAAUUACAUGCCCAAGGAAUCUGAAGCUAGCGAUAAAGUUAGUGGUGAAGAGGUUAUAGAACCAAGAGAUGAAGCUUAUGUCAAAACUGCGAGCGAUUAUAAGGAAUUAUCUAGCAAUGAAUAUCCCAAAAUUCCUACAGACUACUCAAAAAUACCAGUUGAGCCAUCACCUUCUAAUUGGAGUCCAUCCCAUAACUCGCUCAAUAUGGGGCUUACUGGAAUUCCAAGUGAUUACAAGUAUAUGAACGACCCAUAUGCAUUUUCUAAUGUACCAGAUCCUUUAAGCCAACAUAAUUAUCCGAAUCCACCAAAUGCUGCUAACAAAUAUUGGAUUUGA